AUGGUGUCGUCUAAACCGGUCCCUUCCCGGGCCGCGCUCAACGCUCUUCGAGGCCUAGUUUUCACCACAUCCUGCUCAGUGUUUAUUCUUGCCGAGGAACGCAGACAGCGCAUGCGGAUUGCACGAUCUGCCUUCGAUAAUGCACGAAAACUACACACUGUGAAGGCCCGCCAUAGGCCUGCUCUCCUUGCAGAUACAAGGCUAUCGGACGAAGACUGCGAGGCUUUAUUAAUUGAGAGAAUCAGCAAACCCGAACGACGGAAGCGCCGCCCGCGGCUUCGUUCAAGAUCCGAUGAUUCCGAUGUCCAUAGCAAGGAGAAAAAUCUAAUGCAGGAUUUGGAGAUCAAAGGAAACGAUCGAAUCGACUUGCCUUCUCGCUCCGCUCGUUCAUCGUCCUCUUCAACAAAUCCCCGAGUCACAGUAGACUUGCCGAUUAUUGGACAAAAGCCUGAUGCACCUCCCAUACGCUCAACUGUGUCUUCAAGAGACACGUUCAGUAGGCCUAAGCUGGGCAAGCCAAUUUCCCCCGCUUCUCAAAGUUCCCGACCCAAGGUUCCGCACACGAACCAUCAUGCCAAACCACGCAUACCGGCAGAUUUUCAAGUGGGAAUGGCUACCUUGACAGUAGCGGCUCCAUCGAGCUCCAAAUCUUAUGAGCGUCCAUUUGUGGGAGCCUUUUCCACCAUGGAUUCUUCAUUGACUCAGGCAGUCACGGAUUUCCUGGGCCGUGCAUCUGGUGCUGAGACCACAUUUGAUAGCACGGUAUUGCCCCUCUUGAACAAGCUCUUGGUCGAAUUUGAUCCUAGGGACUGGUCAGUUGCUGGCACAUCUUCAAGGCUAAACAUGGCGCUGGAAAUCUUCGAUAAACUGUCACAUGUUACUGCGACAGGCUUACAUGCGGAGGCCAUGGAGGCCAAUUCUGUUGCACUGAUCAAAGUUGCGAUCCUCCUCGGCGAACAUCAAGUUUCAGCGUUAAAUAGUACGCGUCGUUUUCACAAGGACGUCCACAAGGUCCUUGCUGUCGUCUUGGACUGGAUGAUGGAAGCAAACAUUGCAGACCGUGUCCCAAGCUUUCUUGGCGAGUUUUGCAACUCCGAGUGCUCCCUCGAUCAAUUGGAUUCGAAAGCGAUUUAUCGUAUUUUGGUCUCUCAUUCAACCCUCUAUCAAAAACCAUCACGAACCAUUGAAUUGUAUCAUAUGCUUCAUUCGCCUAGGCUGCCUUCAAAUUCUCAAUCUACGCUUGAGGGAGACUUUGAAACCCGUCAACUCGUCAGUUAUCUUCUCCAAGACGAGAUGCAGCGCCGUGGCAUAUACCAAGCUGUUCAUUUUCCUGCACCGUACCAAAGCGGCGCUCAAGGCGACGGUAGUGAGGCCAGCCGAAGGCAAUUUCAAGGCAUUCUUGCCAACCUUGUGGACACAUGCUCUAGACGGCAUGCGCCAGCCAACUUUGAGGCUAUUGUGCGUUACCUGACCCAGACUCAUGGCCUAGAGCUACAGGGUCGAUGGGUCUACUCACUCCUUACGCGUUAUUUCAGAAGCAAUGGGCUUGACACGGUUUUUGCUUGGAUCCAGUUCUGUCUUCAGAAUAAUUUUCGUGUUGACGAUGCUUAUAUUCUCAAAUUCUACCAGAAAUGUCACACCAAUUGGGACAUGUCCUGGGAGAAAGUGAACAAACUCGCCUCCUUGUUGCGAAAAGCUAACCACAAUUACACUCUUGCUGACUGUACUAAAGCCAUUUCCCCAAGUGCUGAGAAGGAUGGCACUCCCUCGAGCAGGCAAUCUGUACCAGCACGCGAGGAUUGGGAGCGUUUAUACGUCCGAGUUGCUCGGGGACUUGCACCAAGCCCCCUAUCAAAGGAAGAGACUGAUGUGUUUGAUUCUAUGCAGCGCUAUGCACGAGAGUCCAAGUGGUCACUAGUCUGGGAAUCGUAUGAGAAAUUCCGUUCUACGAGUAGUCAAAAAUUCUCCAUACGAUGUCUUCGACUCGCAGUUCUUGCUCGAGUCAGGCUGGAUGGCGGUUCGACGGAUAACGCAAGUAGACUUCUCUGGUCUUGUUCUCAGGGCCACGACGUGAGCGACGCAGCAACAUCAGUGCUAAUGGCGAAACUUGCCAAUGGAGAGCCUCCAAUAUCCAUUAUCCGCGACGCUCUUGGUCGUGGCUUGCGUGUUCACGACAUGGUCUACAACCUCGCUGCACGGAAGACCAUCGCACUGGGCCACCUUGCAGACGCACUGAGAAUUUGCCAGAUGGCAAUCUCGCAGAAUGGUUGUGGGGAUUUCUUGUAUCAAGAGUUCAUUUUCUUGAACCUUGUCUCAAUCCACAUACUACAGCUGCAUUAUUCAGACUUGAAACUACUUUUGGCUGCUCUGAUGGAGAAGAAGCCCAACUGGGUCGGCACGGAAGCUAUCAAACGUACUCUUAAGCUGAACAUGAAGACAGUAGUGAAGCGGAUUGCGAUGGCUUCUGGAUCUGCUUCUAGCCCACACACGGAAGCCUUAUCUCUCUUAGACAUGGCUUUGCAAUUCAAUUCAGAGCGCACUGAACGUUACGCCCCGUCAACUAGGAGCAACACGGACAUCAAUUCGAACAUGGGCAAUGUCUUCCAAUCGGAAUAUGAAGUUGUCAGCUCGCGCCCGCCCAAGGAGAUCAAUGAUGGCUCAUCAUUAUCAACGUUGCCAAAUGACGUUGGUGAUGCUCAGCAGUUUAGCGAGGCAAGAACAGGCGAUGCCAUCACCCCCCACAAGUUGUCAAACACCUUGGACACGGAGACUGUCAUGACUGCUCAAACCCCCCAGGGCACGAUUCCGCUGGGGCCGAAUACAAAGCCCGCCGAUGAAAAAUUUCAAGAAAAUAUGGGUAUUCCAGCGGAAAAGAAGCCGCAACAAGAGGCUGUGCAACGUCCCGACCCGAACUGGGACUACUUUUCUGAAAUGGAAGGCAACGCCAUCCGCAGCAGAGAUAUAUUCCCAAAGGAAAAGCCUAAAAAUUUGCCCGCGAAGCAGAAUGCGAAAGACGAUGGUGUUCCGACGAAACUUAAUGGCGAUAAUGCGCGUGAGAUAUCAUCUGGCAUUGCGAGCAGUGAAUCAAGGAGCUUGUUGACAGGCGAGAAGAAGAUGAUGUACGAGUUUCUAAGUUUACAGCCACGAGUCGUUCCCAGCUGGUCUCAAUGUGAGGUAGGACACGAGUCUUGA